AUGUCGCGGGUGUCGCUCAACAAAUCUCAGUACAGCCAGUACGGCUCCAGGCGAGUUAGAAAAAUUAGCACGACUGAGAGUGAAUACUCAGUGGAGGAGCAAACGAGACUGACGGGAGUGGAUACCGGUGGAGAUGAAGCUUCACCAGAUGAUGAUGCCUCUCUGUGCGAAUACCACGACAUUCCGCCUCCUCCUGAUGGGGGCUAUGGGUGGGUGGUGGUUUUCGCUUCUUUCAUGUGUAACAUGAUAGUUGACGGCAUCGCGUAUACGUUUGGAAUAUUUUUUGAGCAAUUUGUGAUCCAUUUUGGAGAGAGCAAAGGAAAGACUGCGUGGGUCGGCUCUCUGUUGUCUGGGAUGUACCUCAGUGCUGGUCCAGUUGUUAGUGCAUUGACAAAUAGAUAUGGAUGCAGAGCAGUGUGUAUGGCAGGAAGUUUUAUCGCUGCAACCGCAUUUGUAUUAUCCACAUUUGUUUCUUCUGUAAAUAUGCUUAUGUUAGUUUACGGCGUUAUGGGAGGGAUAGGUUUCGGACUGAUCUACUUACCAGCAGUGGUCUGCGUGGGUUACUACUUUGAAACCAAAAGAUCAUUAGCGACAGGCAUAGCAGUCUGCGGUUCCGGUUUCGGGACAUUUGCUUUUGCGCCACUGGCUAAUUUUUUAAUCGACUCGUACAGCUGGAAGGGUGCUCACUUAAUUUUAGCCGGGCUGAUCCUCAACUGCGCGGUGUUCGGUGCUCUUAUGCGCCCUCUGGAGUACCAGAAGCCUCCGUCGGUGAAGCCGCUGCUCCAGCGAAUGGCAGAAGAGAAGCGGUUCCAAAUGGAACGCGGUUCCAUAGGCGGUUCCUACUUCAUGGUUCAGCUGCCAGACGGUUCCAUGGAGAAGCGGAUGAAAAUGCCGAUUAAUAUCGACCCUGGUGUACAUUCAAGCUUCAAUUUAGACCAGCUCGUACCUGGUUACUACAAUUCAGGAACACCGUUAACACCAGUACCGACUGUUCCAACCUUACCGACAAUUUCUGAGGUUAAGGUCCAGGAACACUCCAGUGGCGCCACUAGCAAGAGUGGCAGCCUAGAUCUCAAAAACUCAGUAAUUAAGUCCAAGAGUAAAAAGUCUAUAGAUGAAACAGCUAAUACCAAAGAUUCUGUAAUAUCGGUGGACAAAACAGACAAGCCAGAGACGGAAUUCAAUAAACCGAUCAUACCGCGGAACGCUUCCCAGCCGGCGUUCACUACUCACGUGCAGGGACUUCCUAAGAACGGUUCAGUGCCAUUUUUCGACCGGAUCCGUAAGACUAGCACUGGGGAACGCUACAAGCCCAGUUUGAGUGCUAUUAAGAACUCUAGGAAUACUUUGAAUAGUAAUGGAGAUAUCAGGAAAAGCUUGCAUUUAAGAUUGUCUGCUAGCAGCAUGUUGGGUUCCAGGAACAACAAUAUGGAGGCUGAUGAUGGCGAGAGUAUAACCUUCACAACCAGUAAAUCUAGUAUCAAUAAAUCUAGUAAGCCAAAACCCGCAAUAAUUCGUCCUCUAUCACGUAAGGAUAUUUUUUACAGCGGUAGUAUAGUCAAUUUACCCGAGUACCAGAGUCAAAAAUCAAUAGCCAAUUACCGUCAGUCCGUUAUUUCACUUCCCAAAUCCGUCCGCGGUGACGCGCGUGACGGCGACAUGGAAAAAGGUCCCGAACAGUCACUAUGUCCGUGUCUUGAAUUACCAGAAUCAUUUAAAGAGGCCUUAGGAACAAUGUUAGAUAUGUCACUGUUAAGAAAUCCUGGAGUCGAUCACCAACAAGCGCCAUUUUUAUUAUCAAUUAUCGGUAUUACAAAUACCGUGGGACGUGUAAUUUGUGGGUUUGUUGCCGAUUUUCCACAAGUUAAUUCGUUAUUGUUGAACAAUAUUUGUCUGUUAGUGUCAACAUUGUCAGUAGCAAUGACGCCAUUUUGUGAAUCAUAUACUUCGUAUAUAAUAAUGGCGACAUUUUUUGGUACUGCCAUAUCUGGUUACAUUUCGCUGACGUCAAUUAUCCUGGUGGACUUACUAGGGUUAGAUAAAUUAACCAAUGCAUUUGGGUUAUUAAUAUUGUUCCGUGGCGCUGCGGCGAUUAUGGGCGCUCCAAUAGCUGGAAGCGUUUAUGACGCAACUGGAAGCUAUAGUAUUCCAUUUUUCAUGGCAGCUUUCUUCUUUCUUAUCAGUACUAUCACUAGCUUCAUGGCGCCAGCUCUUAAGCGUUGCACUACGCCACAGGCCCCGCCAGUGGUAAUGGACGCCCUAACCCCAAUAGAUGAAGACAUAGAAGAAGAAAACGAAGACGACAUACCAGAAAUAAUAGAAACAGCACCUUCCCCAUCGGACCCGCCUGAAAAAGAAAUAAAGCAAAUAGAGUCAGUUUUAUAA